UGGGCACUGAAGUAGCUGAAAUGAGAAAGAGGCAGCAGUCACAAAAUGAAGGAACAUCAGCUGUGUCUCAAGCACCUGGAAACCAAAGGCCCAACAACACAUGUUGCUUUUGUUGGUGCUGUUGCUGCAGCUGUUCAUGCCUCACUGUUAGGAAUGAAGAUAGAGGAGAUAAUGCAGGAAGGCCAACACAUACGACCAAAAUGGAGAGUAUCCAAGUCAUAGAAGAAUGCCAAAACCCUACUGCAGAUGAGAUUUUGUCUUGGGCUCAGAAUUUUGACAAGAUGAUGAAAACACCAGCUGGGAGAAACCUUUUCAGAGAGUUUCUUCGAACAGAGUAUAGUGAGGAGAACCUGCUUUUCUGGCUAGCAUGUGAAGAUCUAAAGAAGGAGCAGAACAAGAAAGUUAUUGAAGAAAAAGCAAGACUUAUAUAUGAAGAUUACAUUUCUAUACUAUCACCAAAAGAGGUUAGUCUUGAUUCCCGGGUGAGAGAAGUGAUCAACAGAAAUUUGUUGGAUCCCAGCCCACACAUGUAUGAAGAUGCCCAACUCCAGAUAUACACCCUAAUGCACAGAGACUCUUUUCCAAGGUUUUUGAACUCUCAGAUUUAUAAGUCUCUUGUUGAAAGUAUUACAGGCUCUACUUCUGAAACUUAAUUUUUAAUUUACAAACAAAAUAACUUGAUUUUUUGGGGGUGGGUGGGAUGGAAGAAAAGUAGUUUAAUAACAUCUGGAGCUGGGUUCCUGGAGAACUACAGUUUAGCACUCUCAGGCUACUGUGAAGAAAACAAAUACAUAUUACGGUCUCUGUCUACAUUUUUACCAAGGUCCUCCUUGCUCGAGAUGGCGUGGGAGGGGAACAAUGGAUUUGCCAAAAUACAUUUGUUUCACACUCCUUUCACCCUACUGCAGUCAAGAUUGCAAUGAUGUAUUUGUAGUUUUAUGAACAGUCUCCUUGUGUAUCCUCACACUGCAUGUGCAAGGUAAAACUGCUUCACUUACCACUUAGUUGUUGCAAUAUUUAAUCCAAUAACAUAAAUUAUCUCUGUAUUUAAGGACUUUUUUUGUGCAAUACAGUCUUAUGGUACAUAGAAACAAUUGCAGCAAACCAGAGAGGCUUGCAUUUUUUAACAUCAGUAACUGAAAAAAGCCAAUUUUUAAGGUGUAGCAUUACUCAACAUGCUCUACUGAGUACAAUACACUGACUUUUUGAAGCCAAUAUUUCUGUACAGAAAAAAAGAGCUAUUUAUCACUGUUUAUUUAAAAUAAAUCAAGCGGAGGAUUCCUCUGGUUGUUCACUGCCAAAACUGUGGCAUUUUCAUUACAGAGUUUGCAAUGUCAAAAAAAGAAAAAAAAAAAAAAAAAAAAAAAAAAAAAAAAAAAAAGAAGAAAAAAAAAAAAAGCACAAACCACUUAAAGGGAUCCGUAUCUGGGUGACACAAUCUAUGCGCUGAUAUUGUUUAAUUGUUAAAAGAACAAAGAUUUUCAAUGUACAUUUCAGAUGUCAGAUACUGUAAUUGAUUUAUUAAAGACUGGCUAUCCAGUUCUAACACUGUUGUAUAAUGUUAUGUACUUCAGCAAAAAAAAAA